AUGAGGGACAAUUUAAUUUUCUCUGGCAUCGAAGAAAAAACAGUAGAGAAACCAGAAGCCCUCGUUAAGUCAUUUAUGGCAACAUCUCUCAAGCUGCCCAAGGAAAUGGUGGAUUCGAUCAAGUUUGCGAGGGUACACCGUCUUGGGAAGCCAAGAGGAAGCGGUCCGCGUCCAAUAAUCGCCAAGUUCGAGUUCUACCAGCAGAAAGUACUGGUGAAAUCCAAAGGAAGAGAAUUACAAGGAACAAGAUUCGGCAUGAAUGAUCAUUUCCCGCGCGAGAUCAACGAAAGACGGAAAAUCCUCUAUCCAAUUCUGAAGCGGUCCAGAGCAGAGGGCAAACGUGCAAUUAUCACGUUUGACAAACUUUUCAUUGAUGGUCAACUAUACCGAGACAAAUAUACAGGUCCGAUCCCGGCCGAGCGAGAGGGUGAGCUCGCCAUGGGUGUGGGUCGCAGCGAAACCUCGCCGCUGGGGCAAGGCCAUAACACACCCCAGAAUUCCCAGCGGCCGAGCGCCUGCUGUUUCUGCUGGUGUUGCUGUUGCAGCUGCUCAUGGAAUGAAGAUGAGAGGAGGAGGCGUCGGAGGAAGAGGAUAUCACAGGACAACACGAUGAAACCAAUACCAAACUGUGAAGCUUGCACCAAACCUUCUGUGGAGGAAAUGCAGCUCUGGUCUCAGUCUUUUGACAAGCUGAUGAGGAACCCGGCGGGUCGCAAUGUUUUUCGGGAGUUUUUGCGCACAGAGUACAGUGAGGAGAACAUGCUCUUCUGGCUGGCCUGUGAAGACCUCAAACAACAAAUUAGCAAGAACAGCAUCGAGGAGAGGGUGCGCUCCAUCUACGAGGAAUAUAUUUCGAUACUGUCGCCAAAAGAGGUGAGCCUGGACGCUCGCGUACGGGAAGUGAUCAACAGAAAAAUGCAGGACCCGACGCCUCACACUUUCGAGGACGCUCAGUUGCAGAUCUACACACUGAUGCACAGGGACUCCUACCCACGAUUCCUCUCCUCCAGCAUCUACAAGUCACUCCUUCACGGCAACUCAUGCAGCUCCUCCGAGCCCUAG